CGUUUCCCUUCAUACACGUGCAGGCUUUGGAGACUGUGGUUGCGCUUCCAUGAUUUUGUGGAAGAAUUAAAGUAUAAUGGCAAAGGACGACGAAAAUGGCGAAGAAAAUGACGGGAUAUUCAAGGAUCCCCGCUUCUCCCAUCUCGUCAACGAUCCGCGGUUUCGUCAACUCCCAAAAACCGCGCGCAAAGUGAAAAUUGACAAACGCUUCCAGCCUAUGUUCAGUGAUGAUAAAUUCCGCGUGAAAUACACCGUCGACAAAUACGGGCGAAAAGUGAAUAAAUCUUCCAACGAUGAUCUGCAGAAGUUCUACCAACUCGAGUCUUCGUCAGACGAAGAACAGGAAGAGGAGGACAUUCGCAAGGAGGAGGAGGCUAUCACAAAUGAUGACUUGGAAGAAGAUGGAGGAGCGCUUUCUUCGAAUAUUAUGGAAAAGUUGCGAUCGUCAGAUGUCGACUAUUCCCGUGGCGAGGGGCGGCUGCUUACUGAUAGCUCUUCGGAUGAGGAGAGCAGCGAGGACGACGAAGAGGAGACGUACAUAGAACAUGUUUGGGGGGAACUGGAUCGCGACGCGCCAAGGACUGACGAGUCGACCUCCCGCUUAGCAGCUUGCAACAUGGACUGGGACCGCAUCAGAGCCUCAGACAUUAUGGUACUUUGUAACUCAUUCCUUCCCCCCGGUGGGUCCAUCCUUAGUGUGAAAAUUUACCCGUCUGAGUUUGGAAAGCAGCGAAUGGCAGAAGAGGACCUCCAUGGUCCACCUGAGCUAACCAGAAAGGAACAAGGCUCAGAGGAAGAUUCGGACGAAGAACUGGUGAAGGAGGUCGACAGCGACGUCGAGGAAGGAGACGAAUAUCACAUGGAAAAGCUACGACAAUAUCAGCUGAAUCGGCUGAAAUAUUACUACGCCGUCAUUGAGUUCGACUCAGUUAAAACGGCAGACAAGGUCUACGCAGAAUGCGAUGGUCUGGAAUACGAAAGUACGGCAACCAAGUUUGAUCUCCGCUUCAUUCCUGACGACACCACUUUCGACGAUGAGCCUAAGGAUGUGUGCACUGAAUUGCCUGACUUGAGUAAAUACCAACCACGAAUAUUCACGACGACUGCCUUGCAGCAGGCAAAAGUCGAGCUAACUUGGGACGAGACUAGUGUGGAGCGCAAGGAACUGGGCGAAAAACUGCUCAGCGGCAAAACAUCAGAAAUCAGUGACGCUGACUUGCGGAAAGUCGUGGCAUACAGCAGCGAAGAGGACAGUGACGAAAAGGCUGAAUCGUCGGGGGACUCCUCUGACAGCGAGGAAGGUGAUAAGAAUCCGAUAAACAAGUAUAAAAUGCUCCUUCAAGAGAUAAACAAAACCGAAUCGGAAAAAGCACAGAAAAAGUACGAAAUGGAGUACACAUGGGGCAUCAACACAGACAAGAAACCAAAAGACUCCGAGCUUGAGAAAAAGAAAGCUCUGACUCCGAUAGAAAAAGUCCUGCUUAAACGCAGCGAGAAAAACAAACGAAGAAAGGAGGAACGCCGCAAGAAGAAACUCGGCGACGCAGCAGAGAACGAGUACAGUUCGGACGAUAUGCCGAGCGACAUUGACCUCAACGAUCCCUACUUUGCGGAGGAGUUUGCCAAAGGGGACUUCCAAGAGCCGGUCAACAAGAAGAAAACAAAGAAAUCCAAGUCAAAGGAUCCUGAAAACGACGAAGACGAAGAAAACAAAGCUAAAGAACUCCAACUGCUCCUAGAUGACCCCGAAGAAGGUGAGAAACAACACUUCAGCUUGAAAAAGAUCCAGGACGCGCAGAACGAAUCAAAAUCAAAGAAACGACGAAAGAAACUGAAGAAAUCCCGUCAGGAAAUUGAGGCGUCCAAAUCAAAAGAGGAAGACAAUUUCGAAGUGAAUUUAAGCGAUAAUCGAUUCGGUGCCAUCUACACUUCGCAUCUUUUCAACAUUGACCCAACCGAUCCACAUUUCAAGAAGACAAAAGGAAUGGAAUCGAUCAUCCAUGAGAAGCUCAAGAGACGACAGGACAAAGGAACUGCAGGACAGGAUCAUGAUCGGGAAGGCGACGAGGAUGAGGAAAGUGCAGCAAAACGGCCGAAGAAGAAUUUGGAGAAUCGAAUGCUUAUUAAGAAUAUUAAAAAGAAGAUUAUGGGAAGUCAGAAUCGCAGUUGAAAUAGAUAAUUUUAAAU